AUGGAAAAGAAGGAAAGUCAUGAAGAUGCCAGUCAGAGAGAAGAUCGGAGAGCAGAACCUCUCUCACAGGCUCAGAACAAUGAAGAUGCCACCCAAAGAGAAGAGCAGAGCACAGAGCCUAUCACAUUAACACAGGAAAGUGAUGAAGAUGCCAGCCAGAGAGAAGAGCAGAGAGGAGAACCUGUCGCACUGGCACAGGAUAAUGAAGAUGCCACACAGAGAGCGGAGCAUUUCACAUUAACACAGGAAAGUGAUGAAGAUGCCAGCCAGAGAGAAGAGCAGAGAGGAGAACCUGUCGCACUGGCACAGGAAAACAAUGAUGAUACCAGCCAAAGUCAAGAGCAAAGAGCAGGAUCUUUCACAAUGGUACAGGACAGUGUCCCUCAAGCAGAUGUCCACUUCCAUGGACUAACGGAAGGACAAAGCAUCAUCUCGAUUCUCUCCUUUGCACUGAGACACAACACUACAGGUGUAUUGAUGGAAGACCUGCUGAAACUACUUAAGUUACAUUCCGCUGGGACUAGUGCAGUUCCAACAAGCAAGUAUUUUUUGGAGAAACCGUUAGCUGGCACCAAGCUCAUCUACUGUCCAAACAAGGAGAGAGCAUCAGGAUCAGUGUUGGACAUUUAA